UGCUGGCAUGAAGUUUUUCCUCCAAUAUGUGGGCUUCUUCUUUGCUUUUUUCUCUGCUGCAUUUUUGAUAAUAUCUACCUGGACAGACUGCUGGAUGGUGAAUGCUGAUGACUCCCUGGAGGUGAGUACAAAAUGCCGUGGCCUGUGGUGGGAAUGUGUCACAAACGUUUUUGAUGGGAUCCAGACUUGUGAUGAGUACGACUCCAUCUACGCCGAGCAUUCCGUGAAACUGGUGCUGACCCGAGCCAUGAUGAUAACAGCAGACCUCCUGUCAGGAUUUGGAUUUCUGUUCCUGGUCCUGGGACUGGAUUGUGUGAAAUUCCUUCCCGAUGAGCCGCUCAUCAAGCUGCGCAUCUGCCUGGUGUCUGGGGUUAUGCUGCUCCUUGCAGGUCUCCCUGGCAUCACGGGCUCCGUGUGGUACGCCGUGGAUGUCUACGUGGAGCGCUCCUCUCUGCUCUUCCACAACGUCUUCCUGGGCAUCCAGUACAAGUUUGGUUGGUCCUGCUGGCUUGGCAUGGCAGGGUCACUCGGCUGCUUCUUGUCUGGGUCUCUGCUCACCUGCUGCAUGUAUCUCUUCAGAGAGACCAGUUCUGGAAGAUUCCAUUCUGCCUACUCCUUGAGGAAAGGCUAUUCCUCAGCUGCGACCGUCGUAACAAACGUGCAUUUGCCAUCCUCGCAAACAGCCACCUCCAAAAUGUAUGCGGUGGACACAAGGGUGUGAGGAGGAGAUGCAGUUGAAUUUCAAGGAUCUACUGUAUGCUACGAUAUUUGCAUUAUGAGAGCUUCAAAAUACCUUUCCUCCAAGAAAGUAAAUUCUGAGAAAAUCCUGCUUUCUGGAAUCCUCUUGACUUGAGUGCUGAGACCACUUGUAUAAGCACAGACUGAAAUAACCAACACAAACUCUUUUCAGCAUUUGUCUCAACGCUAUUGGUGGAAGUGAGAUAAAUCAGCCAUUCCUGAAUCAGACUGCAGUGUUCUGCAUGAAGACCCCCAGACUGCAAGAUGGAUCUGUUCCAUGGCUGGCAAUGUGUCAACAGAGUGUGCAAAGGAGAAAAUCCUGGCCAAGGGAGGGACCCUGACUGCCUGACCAACAUCUGGACCCUGUGCACUCAGCAGGGGGGUCUGCCCCUCUUACAGGCACCUGGGGAGCUUUUCAAGAGACAAGAGCAGUGUUAAGUGUGUGACCCUCUCUUUGGUCCGUGAGUCUGCACUGAGAAAUGAUUGUAAAUGCAGGUGCAUUCUUCCCUGAAAAAUACAGUCCUUCUCAGUCAGUGUUAAAGGGUAUACUACUAAACUCAGCGAAAUCUGGAAAUUGCCAGCUUCAUUCUGCUUAAUAAAAACAUUGCUUGGGCAAAAUGAGUGAAGAUCCAAAAUCUGAA